UCCGCCUUUAGUAUAAAGGAAUGAUCGCGUUAACCAACAGUUCUCCCCAUUACCGUAGAAAGAGUCGCGCAAGGAUAUGGCUAUCUUCACGGAAGACAAUGAAGCGGACUUAAGAAAAGAUGAGCAAACGAAACCCUCCAACUUAAACAACCGCAACAAGUUUCACAUUACCGUAGAGCCUUUAGGGUUUAUUUACCUCACUGCGAAUAUUAUACAGGUAAUUGUCACGCCCAACUUGUACCUGCAGAAAGUAUGUGCGGUAAAUUUCAAAAUUAACGCUAGCCUGUGCGAUCCUCGUAGUAGAAUUAGCCGCAACAAUACAGAACUAGCUGAUCGAGUUCAGAGCUAUGUCAGUACUCUAAAUAUCUAUGGCUCGCUCAUCGAUAACAUACCUUCGAUUUUCCUGAUGCUUUUUCUAUUGCCGUGGAGUGAUAAUCACGGCAGGAAGCCGUUGAUGGUGGCUCCUGUGGUUGGACAUAUAUUGUGUACUUUGUUAGAUAUCACAAACUUCUACUGUGAAUCGUUGCCGGCGGAAUAUCUCUUAAUAUCUACCGUCCCCGUGGGUCUUACCGGUGGAAGAGGUAUCUUCUUUAUGGCUAUAUACAGGUACAUCGUUGACAUAACGACCACAGAGGCGAGAACUUGGCGGUUUUCACUUCUCGGUGGUAUCGUUGCUAUAUCUGUACCGAUUGGCAAUUUGAUAAGCGGAUACAUCUAUGCGAGCGGCGGCAAUAUAGCGAUAUGGGGAACAGCGCUCGUUCUCUACAGUCUCGCAUUUCUUUACAUCCUGUUUGGUUUUACUGAUUCACAUGGACAGAAAUCAUUUAGUGGAACAAGUGACGAAACCGUGCUUGAAAAAGCAUUGUAUGUAAAACCAAUUAAAACCAAGAGGAUGGAGCUUGCCAAAGAGGGUUGCAUGGAUGUAUUCCAAAAUUUAUUUCGUUGCUUUGCGGAGACAUUUAAGCGCCGUGAAGGAUAUAAAAGAGCAUGUAUAUCGAUUUUGAUAGCUCUAAUGUGCCUGCUUCUUUUUUCACAAGGAAACCAAUCCGUCGGCUACUUCUAUACAAGGAAAAAAUUCGGUUGGGAUGCGCCGGACUGGGCCUUCUUUGUCACUUUGGUCAGUGCUUCUUCAUCAUUUGGAAUUUUAAUCAUUCUACCCGUCUUGAGUGGAUACUUUAAAGUGAGCGAUGGGAUAAUGGGGAUUCUUUCCCUGCUAGCGAACAUAGGAGCCUAUCUUACAAUCGCAUUUGCUGUGUCUCCGUUAAUGGUCUAUCUAUCAUCGAUCGGUAGCACAUUUGGACCCAUCGCUACUAUCGUAAUACGCUCCAUCUUUUCCAAAACACUGACCAGUGAUGACUUGAGUUAUGCAUAUUCUGUACUUGCUUCAAUUGAAUCUUUAGUGCCAUUAAUAACUGCUCCUUCGAUGAACUUGAUCUACCAAGCAACCCUUAGUUUCUUUCCAGGAUGCGUUUAUUUGGUGAGAGCUUGCACGAUUUUUAUCGUACUGAUCUUAUUUGGGAUACUACUUCUGUUGAAAUGGAAAGAUUCACAGUUAAACCAAGUCCAACCUUUUCUCGAAUGCAGUGAGACACCAACCCCGUUGAAAAGGUCGGCUACUACGGAACACUGACUCAAACAGUCUUUAUCCAAUCAGCAAUCACUAUUACUCUUGUUUAAAAAAUGCAAUCUGCCUUAAGUAAUAAUAAAAAAAUGUGUAUGGAAAACGGAUAUCUUCAAUGAGACCGCGAUGGCAACAAGAUCAGCAGCACUAGCAUGGUUGUACUUGCACUCCCUUCGGAGGUUUCUCUGCGAGAUCUACUGUUUUUUUCCCCCGUUAAUUUACGUCUCCCUAUAACGCUGAAUCAUUUUCGGCACUAUAUUUCCUUUAUAACGUGCAUUUAUAACAUUUGCAAAUCUAUUUUUCAAAAUUUUUAAGAAAUUAAAACUUCCACGAAAGCUGCAUCACGGAGUUUAUCACCCGUGUUUCGGAACCCAAUUCACGGUAUAUAAGAGUUGUAUCUGUAUGUGACACAUUUUAGUAAUAGGGGCACUUCUAAUAAUUGGGUAUGGUACCCUCCCAAUGAUGGGAUUGCUAGUCUAAGAGUCUGAUGUAAGCAAUUACUACUCAAAACGUCUGGUUGGUAUAGGAUUGGCCUACCAGUAAAUCCAACCAAGACUGAAUAGAGGUGGUUUUGACUUUUGAGUAUCACAAGAAACUGUGAUAUAUUGAUAUAUAGAUGAUAUAAAUAUAAUGAUAUAAUUAUUA